AGUCAGAAAAACGAAAACAAGAUUUAUUAGCUGAAAUAGUACUGGAGGAACAACAUAGUAGGGAGCUCUCUAAGAUUGUCAAAGAAUUGCUUCCUGAGCCAAAGAACAUUGUUGGUGCAGACAAACCAUUACGAACCAGAAGGAGGAGUAAUGACAGAGGUAGGGUGUCUAAGAGACUGACUGAGGAGGCAGAAAGAUAUAUUGAGGACUUCAUUUCAAAUGUUGAAGACACAGAUAUAUCGUCGAUUGAUGGAGAAAGGAGUGAUACAAGUUCGAGUAUAGGUGGAAUAACAAAGACUGAAACUUUUCAGAAUCCAGCUAUGUCUACUCCUCUUCCUGUUGCAAUGGAUGGGGUUGUGCUGCCUUGGUUGCAGUGGGAGACCAGUAAUGAUGCUACUCCUGUCGGAUGCAAGAAUAAGACUGAGCCACUAGGGAUCCCAAGAAUUCUACCAUGGGAGAAUACUGCUCAGGGAGUGAUCAGUGUGCAAGAUCAAAGUAAUCAAUCUGCUAGCAGCCGCGGAAGUUGGAGCCCUGGAAUAAUUGAUGCCCUGUCAAUUAACAUCAUGGAAGAUGCAGGAAGUAAAACUGGAGGAUCUGGUAGUUAUGAGUGCCAAUCACGCCUCAGUGGAUCAACCGGUUCGCGCUUUGACAUGGAAGAGUAUCUCCAGCUUAAGAAGAAUGAUGAUUUGCUCUUAGAAAGGUUGAAGCAACAACAGAGAAUUAGUUCUGGUGGUCUCCUGCUAUGUAAUCGAAUGCUUUUUUAGCAUAAUUUGUUUCUCUCAGGAUGCUUUCACUCCGUUGUAAACCACAGUAAUAUCUUUGUAUAGAAUUUUCAUUUUGCUUUA